ACCCGCUGUAACAACAAUCCGUUCGGUGGAUAGCAAUCAUGUUUCGCAUACUAAUUUUGUCAUUUUUUCAACUUUUCAUUGUAAGUUUUCAGAAUAGUCAGCAAAAUCCGUGCAAAAGUAUAUUUGGGUGCAUUUCUCGCUUCGAAUGUGCAAAAGACGAAUAUUGGGCACCAGCUGCUUCUCUGGGUGGGUGUUGUCCAGGAUGCGUCAGAGGUUUAGGGCUAAAUGUAAUGGGUUGUGAUGGAGAGAAUCCCUGCGCUCCUGGAUUGGUUUGCGGCACGGGAGAAAUUUGUAGGAUAAAUCCAGCAAACUGCCUGUCAACGAAUCACGUCCCACAGCAGGUGCACUGGAAACCAGCCUGUGACUCGGCGGGACAAUUCCACCCCAAACAGUGCCGGGGAGAUCGUUUGCAAGGACGCUGCUUCUGCUAUUCAGCCACCGGUGAGCGAAUCUUCGGUUGGGACUGGCGGGGAAAGGCAAACGACAUGACCUGCGCUUGCAGCCGCGUUAGAUCCAACCUGGAAGCCAACGGUAGAACCGACGUGACUCUUCACUGUGCACCGAAUGGGAAUUUCGAAAAACUGCAGUGUGACAGCGGUGUGUGCUGGUGUGCCAAUCCGGCAACCGGUGAACCUUGGCCAAAAGUUCCCAUUGUUUCGCAAGCACUGUGGAAGAAACUUCCCUGCUAUAAGCGUUCUCUUCACGGGGACCAGUAUCUACGGCAGUGCGAAAGCGAAUCCUUCGCCCAGAAACUAAUGCGAAGUAAAUUUGCCAUCCACGGGCAGAGGAAUGUGACUCAUACGGAUACGGUUUGCGAUUACGAUGGCAGCUACGGGCGGUACGAAAUUCAGCGUGGCAUCGCAUAUUGCACCUGGCGUGAUGGGGAGCGCAUUACACCGUUUCAAACGAGCAGCCUGAAGCUAAGCUCCAUGAAUUGCAAUUGUGCACGCGACCAGAAAAUUUUUGCUGCAGCUGGCAUCGAUAUGGUACUCUUGUGCGAAGGAAACGGCAACUACAAGACACUGCAGGAUCGGAACGGGGAGUUGUUCUGCGUCGAUCGGGAUGGAUUCGAGGUGGCCUCGCAGGUCAGUUCGGAUACCGAGUGUGGUCAGUACAUGUUUGCGUGAUGGGUAUUGGUUUGCCAGACGAAUGAUAUACAGUGUUUGGUUCAUGAUUAAGAACCUACCUACUUUUUGAGUUAGAGCUAUUUUAAGACAACUAAGUUUUUAACACAAAAAUUUCAAUAACUUAGUAACGGCUGAGAUUUGAUGGAAUGUGUAGAACGAUUCUUUUCUCCAAAUAAGACAGUCAAUCAUCCCUCGAGAGGUUCUUAACCAUGAUCCAAACACCCUGUAUGUAAUAUAUGAUAUAUGACAGU